AUGAAUGUGCUCCUGUUCACUUCAUGUUUACUUUUAAUCUAUAUGCAGGUAACUGUUGUAUGUGAAGGUACCAAUAUUAUAGUGGAUCCAUUUCCAACUCACCAUAACUCCGAUUUUAGUCAACUACAGGGGGAUUUAGUAGAAAAUGUGCCUAAUGUGGACACCUCUGCCCAAGAUCAAACGUCAAAUGAUAUACUUUGGAUGGUGAGAAUUGUAUCCGCAUCUCAGUUCAUAUUGAUACCAGCAAUAAAUAUUGGGAUUUUUUCAAAAAUGGGUUCUCAGGCAAGAGAAAGAGCUGCUAUAUUUGGUGAAAAUAUUGCGAAGUCAGUAGUUAGUACUAAGAAAAGUAAGCUUAAAAACUGCGUUUCCGGAGCGGAACCUAAUUUAAUGGCGGCGGCAAGACGCCCAGGUGUACUGUUAAAUCCUUGUAAACUGAAUAAUAAAGACUGUCACGAGGAAAGUAACAAAGUGAGACCUCAAAACAUAAAUAAUAUAAAUGUAUAUAUGGCUAAGGAAUAUAAUACAAGUAGUAUUAUAGAUAAAGGAUUACAAGUGAGGAAGGUACCGAAUGUACCAUCUAUACUUAUUUCAACCCAAAAAACACUUAAUGAAGAAAAAACGCAAGAUUUUCCAAUUCACUUAAGAAAUCAUCUUGGUGCUGGGAAAAGUUCUUUACAUAAGAUUAAAUUACACCCAGAUGAGGGGAAAUUAAUUAAACUUGCACCUCAGUAA